AUGGUCUCGGGAGGCGGUGGAGGAGGACAUGAGGAUGGCGAGGCACUCGCAUUGGCGUUGGAGAGUGGCGACCCACCGGCGAGCACCGAAGCCGAGGCCGGCGGCGAUGGACGGGCGGUAGAGGUGGUGGACUUGGCUCUCGUCGUAUUCCGCAAUAAUGUUAUUUUAAAAAUCCAGCUUAGACUAGUCCUUACAACCUUAACCAUUGGGCAUAUCUUGAACUACACAGCCAGACGGGAGCCUCCGGCAGCUCGGAUAAGUGGGCCCGCCAUUGGAAGCUUCUCUUAUGGUGUCAAUCGACACAUCAACCACGGCCCACAAGCCCUCCGCGUGUUGCUUGCAAAACCGGAGGAAAUUGACCUCUCGUACGGGAACCAAUGGUGA